AACUAACCAAAAGUCUCUAGAAUCGACGAACCGCGUGGCCGUUUCUUUUUGCUAUCGACUCCUCCAGAAAAUGGCUACUACAAUAUCAAAAAAGCGUAAAUUUGUGGGAGACGGCGUUUUCAAAGCCGAACUCAACGAGUUUUUGACAAGGGAGCUAUCAGAAGAUGGAUACUCAGGUGUAGAAGUCCGCGUUACUCCUACACGCACGGAAAUCAUCAUAAUGGCUACGAGAACCGAUCGGGUUUUGGGUGAGAAAAACCGAAGAAUACGUGAAUUGACUUCCGUCGUGCAGAAGCGUUUUAAUUUCCCCGAAAACUCUGUCGUGCUGUACGGAGAAAAAGUAGCGAACCGCGGCUUGUGCGCCAUUGCCCAGGCAGAAUCUUUGAGGUUCAAAUUGAUUGGAGGCUUAGCUGUCCGAAGAGCUUGUUAUGGUGUGCUCCGUUACAUUAUGGAAUGCGGAGCUAAGGGUUGCGAGGUUGUAGUUUCUGGAAAACUUAGAGGUCAGAGAGCCAAAUCUAUGAAAUUCGUAGAUGGUUUGAUGAUUCACUCCGGCGACCCCUGCAAUGACUAUGUCGACACUGCAACCCGGCAUGUGUUGCUCAGACAGGGUGUCUUGGGAAUUAAGGUGAAAAUCAUGUUGCCCUAUGACGCAACCGGUAAGAUCGGCCCCAAGAAGCCAUUGCCUGACAAUGUGUCGGUUGUCGAGCCGAAAGAGGAAAUUCUGCCAGCUUACCCGAGUUCGGAAAUUAAAGCUGUGAAAUUGGACGCUCCCCCUGCGAUACCAGUUGCAGUGGCGUAGGCCUUAUAUUAUGUAUAAUUUCUAAAUAAACCAUUUGUGAAGA